AUGUGUGUGUGCGUGUGUGUGCGCAUGUGGAAGACAGAAGAGCUAUAAAAAAGUUCAAAUCAGAACAUUCUAUAAUUUAGUCGAAGACAAACAGAGUGGACGCCAGACUGCUGAUACCAAUCAUAGGUCUAUAAGUCUAUUAUUGUAUCAGAUAAAGAAAGGCAUACACUUAGGCAAAGUCCACAACGAGUUGAUAUGAGUUUAAGACUCAGGAAUGUGUUUAAUAGUUCGUCGAGGAAGUUUCCCGAAUUUUGAUAAUGGCAUGUAUUUAUGAAAGAGUUAAGGGCUAUAAAAUGUUCAAAGCAGAAUAUUCUAUAAUUUAGUCGAAGACGAGCAAAGCGCGCAGUUACAGUGUGUUUACAACGUUUUGCUAGAAAAAUGGCAGAAUCAUCAUUAUCAUCAUUAUCAACCGUAGAACGUGAACUGCAGAACCAGGCCGCUCAAUUAGGCUCGCUAGACGAAUACCUCGCAUGGGAACAAAAGUGCGACGAGUGUCUCGAGUCGUUGGAACAGCAUAGCCGAGCCAAACAACCACGACUAUCGGUUGGUUCAGCGCACUCGAUGGUUGCUCGUAUAGCGCAACUCGAGGGUUUAAAAAAUACUUUGCGCAGACGUUUUGUAUACGCAGGUGCCGGACAUUCGACACUUGUUUGGCGAGAAAUCGAUACAGCGUUCAAUAGUCGCAUAUCAACCGGGGCGAUUGUAAAUACAGACUAUAUCGACCCUCUUCGAUUCCUCCAAGAUGUGAAGAAUAUCGUGCUCGAGCAUGUGCGAAGCGUUAUGAAGAGACAUGGUAGCAUAAAAGUGAAUACUGUGUUCAACGGUGAAUUUGUGGCAGGUAAUAAACGCGCGAACAAGAGCAUUAAUACGAGGAACGUUGAACUUUUUUUCACAUCCGAUCUAGACAAUUGGUUCGCGAUGCGUGUUAUCGAACCCACCUUAGCGUCCAUGGAAGAAUUUCAGGAACGAGAUAGCGGGUGGACACUCUCGCGCAUACUCAAUCUGACCGUUAAUGUUAACAAGUACAAUCCAUUACAUUCGAGAUGUCAUAUCGAGUUACCGCGCGAAAUAAAAAUGAAGCGGGCUAUAAUCAACGUGCAAUCUAUGGACAAUGCAUGUUUCGCAUGGGCAGUGGUUGCAGCGUUAUGUCCAGCCGACAAACACGCAGAUCGUCAAUCUUCGUACCCACACUAUACAUCGGUUUUGAAUAUGCAGGACAUUGAAUUUCCAAUGCGCAUAAAUCAAAUUAAAAAGUUUGAACGGUUGAACGAUAUCUCGGUCAACAUUUAUAGUGUGGAGAAGAGAUAUGACAACGCGACAAAGAAAGAAGGAAACGUGGUCGCACCUAUACGUCUUACGGAACAGAAAAUGGAGAAGCAUGUCAACCUGCUGCAUAUCCCAGAUCCGCGAGAUGAUGAUAACACUGGGCACUUCGCGUGGAUCAAGAAUUUGUCCCGACUCGUCAGCUCACAACUGAGCAAAAAGGAACACAAAAAACAUAUUUGCGACCGGUAAGUAUACACAAAGAACG